CGAAAAGAAGUUGUUCUCAAAGGUGAAGACAAAUCAGGAACCAGUAGAGACUGAGUGGCCAGACAGGUCUGUUACUCAGAGUCAAGAUGGGGAAAAAUCUGGUGACAGCACAGAUCCGAGGAGAGACCCGUGCCCUGUGCCUAGGCACAGUCAUGGUGGUGUGUUCUGCCAUCAGCUACUACAUCUUGGGGACAACCGUGCUGCCCUUAUACCAGAAGAGUGUAUGGAGCAAGGUAUCCAUCUGCCACCUGAUUGAAACAGACAUAAGGGACCAUGAGAAGCUGGAUGGCAAGAAGGUCCCUCAGUACCCUUGUCUGUGGGUCAAUGUGUCUGCCAUUGGGAAGAGCGCCAUUCUGUACCACACAGAGGAGACAAAAGAAAAAAACUGCCAGUGUUCUUACAUCCCUGAGAGCUUGGAGGACUACCAGGAAGCCAGGACAAAGGUGGAGAACAUCAGGGUCAGAUUCAUAGAGCGCCAGACCUUCCCCUGCUACUCAGACCCUGAUGAGACUGAGAAGAGUAUCCUCCUCAUGAGGCUCUAUACCCCGCAGACCUUGUUCAAGUGGCUCUUUUGGCCCACCUUCAUGUUAACUGGGGGAAUACUUAUUAUCAUGAUGGUGAAACUCAAUCAGUCCCUCUCCAUACUGGCGGCACAGAGAUAG